ACCUCCAGAGAGGAGAGAGAGAGACAGAGAGAGAGAGGGAGAGGGAGAGGACAGAAAUCAGACACACAGACUUUCUCUUCUUCUUCUUCCUCCUCUGUUGUUGUUGUUGUUGUUGUUGUUGUUGUUGUGCAGUCAUGCUGGACACGCUCACCUUCCUCCUGGAGAAGCUCUUCCUCCUCGCCCACAUUAAGCUGUCCAGCCUGCUUCCUCCUCUGGGCGCAGAGCGCGGAGAGCCGCCGCUCACCAGGCGCUGUGACCGGGACGAGUCUCCCGCGCAGCCCGCCGCAGCUCCGCAGAAGUUCCAGCGGGGAGACCUGCUGGAGGUUCCCCGGACUCUCUUCACCCACUUCGGCAUCUACCUGGGCGACAACCGGGUGGCGCACCUCAUCCCGGACAUCCUGCCGGUGCUGACCGCCGACAGCCGGCAGAUCCAGGAGAUGGUGACCAACACGCGGCUGCUGCUCGGGGUGCUCUCCAAGCGCGCCAGCAUCCGGGUGGACUCGGUGGAGGACUUCGCGUACGGAGCCGGGAUCCUGCUCAACGCCAUGGACAGCGCCGUGCGCCGGAGCCCGCUGACCGGGGAGGAGGUGGCCCGGCGGGCGGAGCGGCUGGUCGGCGGGGUGUCCUACAGUCUGCUGUGGAACAACUGCGAGCACUUCGUCACGUACUGCCGCUACGGCACCGCGCAGAGUCUCCAGACCGACCAGUUCUGUGAGUGGCUGAAGUCGCUGAUUCGGGACCAGCGUAACGUCCUGCUGACGGCGCUGCUGGGUCUGCUGUCCAUGGCGUGUUUGGGAAUAUCCCCCAGCACCGCCCUGCCCACCCUCCUCAUCCCCUUCACCCUGUGGAUGGCCAGCUAGAAG